AUAUCGGCUCAACUCCGCUCAAAAUUAUCCUGGGCAGCAGCAAAAGUGGAAAAGGAUUGGAAAUCCAACCCAAACAGCAAGCAGUUCAGCUUAUCUAGCCAGACACAUUCGCCAAGAGGAAUUAAUGCGUCCAUACAACCUAAUGGUCAUCCACCGUCAAAUCAACCCCCAAAGUUCAGCGGUUCUGUUGGAGAGCGCGAUCUUGCGGCUCAAGUGUUAAAAAUCGCGACUGGACAUAGCAACCUGCGGCCUGAUAUGCCACAAAGCAAGCCACUGAACAGCUCGUCUAGACCAUACCAUCGGCACAAUUUAUCGAUGGGUUCAAUUCCUUCAAAGUUGUCCUAUGAGCGGUCAACUUCGAAUGGCUUCCACCAAAUCCCCCGCCUUGCUCCACCAGCAGAUAUAAUUCCGGGAAAUGGACCUCAUACAAAACGGAGAAUAAGCCAAAAUAUCACAAGCCCUAAAAAGUUCAAAGUCCCAUCUCUUUCACAGCAGUCCUCAAGCUCCUCUGUGAUAGGCACCCAGGGGUCUUGUCCUAUUCCCGCUACCCCUCCGCAACCCCAUCAACCCUCAUUUAAAGCCCCAUCAUCUGCAACAACGGCUAUCCUUGGAAGACACUGUACUCCUACCGAAAAAACAAUCAUGGAGCAGGAUGCAGUUGAAACUCUCGUUUUCAUGGGAAGCCCAGAAAAUUCGGGGUACUACAAUGACUCUCGACCACACACCAACCCGCCUAGCAAUUCAAAGGAUUCAUUUCAAUACCCCCCGGUGACCGAAAACACAUCAGCUCCAACUUCUUCUGCACCUCCAACACUUGGUAUGCCUUUUAGUUACGAACCUAGAGAACGGGACCCGCUUCAUUCCAAACGUGUUAGCUUUGCAGAACAUGGUGGAGAAGCUCCGUAUGCAAACUGCAGCCGGCCUAGGCUAGAACAAAACGCUGGUGAUGAAAUUGACCGUCUGCUGGACGAAAUGGGCGACAGCGACAACGAACCAGAUUAUGAUUGGUUUGCUCAUAUGUCGGGAGCCAGGGAUAAUUUUAGUCUACCUCAGCAAAAUAGCCAGUGGACCAAUGACCAAUGCAGCCACCCAAGCUCAGCUAUAUGUCAACCUGGUAAUAAUGCUCAGCUGCGAGGCUAA